AUGGCGCAGCCGGCUGUCUUUCACAGAAGGGGUAGCAACACAAGCAGCGGGAGCGGCUCCUCGCUGUCAACACCGGUGGUCACCAACAGUCACGGCUCGGUUGCUGAAGAAUAUCAGACCUCCCUGUUGAUUCAGUGCCAAACUCCUGCAGGCUCAUCCUCACCAGGUCCCCACCAUCCUCCUUCCCACGGCCUGAAUCUACACACCCAGGCCACUCAGUCUGCUGGGGCGCAGAUGAAAAAGAAAAGCGGUUUCCAGAUCACAAGCGUCACUCCUGCUCAGAUCUCUGUGAGCACCAACAACAGUAUUGCAGAGGACACAGAGAGUUACGAUGACCUGGAUGAGUCCCACACAGAGGACCUAUCAUCCUCAGAAAUCAUGGAUGUGUCUCUGUCACGAGCUAAUGAUGUCGUUGGAGCGGAACGGAGCUCCUCUGAGGAGACCCUGAAUAAUUUUCAUGAGGCUGAAACUCCAGGGCUGCUGUCACCAAACCAGCCUUCACACCCCCAUUCAUUGACUCAAGCUCCGCAGCAUGGUGGGGGUAUGGUGAAUGGGACUGUGCAUGGUCAUCCUCACCAUCAGAACCAUGCCCAGGGCUACCCCCUGUCUUCUGGUCCUGCAAACGCCUCAUCUACCCUUGCCUCCGUCAUUCAGAAAAUGCCUUCUCAUGUUGGGGUGUCACAAGAGGUUGCCCCUGCAAACAUUGUUUCUCAGUCUGUGGGGAUGGUGGGCCUGGGAGCUGCUGCUGGAAUGCAGAGCCCUGCUACAGGCACUGCAGUUAGUGUUGUUAAUCCCCAGACCAGCAGUGUUGGUAAUGUGAAUAAGUUGAGCUCUGCCAAUGUGCCUGCGAGGGGGGGGAUAAGCACGAGUGCGAGCAACAGCUCCGGAGGCUUUCCCCUCAAUGCGAAAAGCAGUGCUGCGUGUGGUGGAGGUGGUUCCGUGGCAUCUGGGGGCAACCUCAUGACUAACACCAUGAUUCAGCAACAACAAACUGUCAACUCUAACAUCUCCUUGACUACGACAACUUCAGUUAGUGUCGCCAGUGCCUCCGGAGGGCCGUGUGUCUUGAGCGGAAUCCAGGGACGGCACGGUCCUGCUGCGCUGCAGUCCGCGAGUGCCCCCGUUACAGUCUCACCGGCGGUCGCUCCCACCAGUUCUCGCUUCAGGGUGGUCAAGUUGGACUCAAGUUCUGAGACCUUCAAGAAGGGUAGAUGGACAUGCACUGAAUUUUACGACAAGGACACCCCAAAUUCCGCCUCCUCCUCAUCUACAUCCGAUGCUGGCAGCACACGACAGUAUGUCUCUGAGAACUUUGCCGGGUGCUCAGAGAGGGAAAGCACAAGUGGUAGCUCUGUUAGUAGCACUAUGAGCACAGUGAGCCAUUAUAUGGAAAGUGGUGAUACUGGGGGACCCCCAGUUUCCCAACAUGGCCAGGAUUACGCCCCCCCUCCUCAGGGUUUACAAGCAGUCCUCCCCAGUGGCUUAACAGGUAUGGGCGUGUCUCAAUCACAGCCUUUGAUAAACCUCCAAGACAUCACCCAUACAAAUAUCAAAACUAACAUGGCUUCCUCGACCUCCUCAAACAUGAAUCCACCUGUACCUGUCCAAAGCCAACAGAUCACCAGUGGAAUGCCUAUUUCUGCCGUACCCCAGCAGCAGCUCACCUACGCCCAGGCAGUCGCCAAUCAAACCCCAGGCUCCACACCAGGCUUUGUGGGUGUUCAGCAGCACCAGCUUGGCUAUGCGCCUCUCCCUCAGCAUCCAUCUGCUACACCUAUGCAGUUGAGACCCCCUGAGUACGGCCAGGCUCAUCAAGGUAUUCCUCAAGCCCCCGCUUCUCCACAUCUGUUGAACCAAGCUGGACUAAGUUCUUCAGGGCAAACUAAUGGAUCAGGUCAGAUGAUUGGGGGCCUCCAGCAGUCACAGGUAAUCCUCCAAAGUCAACCCCAGCAGCCCCCAACCUCCAAUACAGCCUUUCAUGUUGGAGUCACAGGUCAACAGCCUCCAAGUCACACUACCCACCUUGAUUGCCAGCAACAGAAACCGCAGUCUCUCCCAACACAAAUCCAAAACUCUGGUUUGUGCACCAAGUUGCCCACGACGAUUCAGAACCAAGUGUCUGCACCUAGCAUGCCUCCAUCUAAUCGUGACCCCCACCACCACCCGCAAGUUCUCAAUGUCGGUAACAAUAAAAUGCUGGCACAAGGUGUUGUUCCCCAGAGUUUGUCCCAGGACCUCAGCAGUGCCCAGGCCAUGGCGCACGCGGCUCAGGCUAGUGCACUCUAUGCCAGCUUGCCCACCUUCACUACUACUCAGCUGCAGGAUGCCCAGCGCCUUCUGCUUCAGCAUCAAUCGGCUCUACUGGGAUUCCCGAAGCUUUCCGGAGGGGACGCGGGCUCCGGUUCUAAUGCUGGUCAGGGUCAAGAAGCCGAAGGCAACGCUGCCAUCGCCAGUGCCUUAACUGCAUCAGCGGGUCUCAAGACUCUGGAUGGAGAGGAAGAUGGGUAA